AUGUCUGCACCCACAGGUGACAUUGGUUUGAUCGGUUUGGCCGUUAUGGGUCAAAACUUGAUCCUAAACGCUGCCGACCACGGUUACACCGUGGUGGCUUACAACAGAACAGUGGCCAAGGUGGACCACUUUAUGGAGAACGAAGCUAAGGGCAAGUCGAUCAUCGGUGCCCACUCGAUCCAGGAGCUCGUUAACAAUUUGAAGAGACCCCGUCGUAUUGUGCUACUGGUCAAGGCCGGUGCCGCUGUGGACGCGUUCAUUCAGCAAUUAUUGCCAUACUUGGAAAAGGGCGAUAUCAUCAUCGACGGUGGUAACUCGCAUUUCCCAGACUCGAACCGCCGUUACGAAGAGCUAAAGGAGCAAGGAAUCCACUUUGUCGGUUCUGGUGUCUCUGGUGGUGAAGAAGGUGCCCGUUACGGUCCUUCUUUGAUGCCCGGUGGUGCCGAAGAGGCGUGGCCACACAUCAAAGAGAUCUUUCAAGCGAUCUCGGCCAAAUCCGACGGCGAGCCAUGCUGUGACUGGGUGGGACCUGCCGGUUCCGGUCACUACGUCAAGAUGGUGCACAACGGUAUCGAAUACGGUGACAUGCAGCUGAUCACCGAGGCCUACGACAUCAUGAAGCGUAUCGGUGGUUUCACCGACAAGGAGAUUGGUGACGUGUUCGAAAAGUGGAACACCGGUGUCUUGGACUCGUUCUUGAUCGAAAUCACCCGUGAUAUCUUGAAGUACGACGACAAGGACGGCACUCCUCUAGUAGAGAAGAUCAUGGACUCUGCCGGCCAAAAGGGUACCGGUAAGUGGACCGCCAUCAACGCCUUGGAUCUUGGUAUGCCAGUCACCUUGAUUGGUGAAGCCGUCUUUGCCCGUUGUUUGUCCUCUCUAAAGUCCGAGAGAAUCAGAGCCGCUGGCAUUCUACCAGGCCCACAAGUCACCAAGAACGCCAUCAAGGACAAGCAGCAAUUUGUCGACGACCUAGAACAAGCUCUUUACGCCUCCAAGAUUAUCUCCUACGCUCAAGGUUUCAUGUUGAUCCGUGAAGCCGGUAAGACCUACAACUGGAAGCUAAACAACCCAGCCAUCGCCUUGAUGUGGAGAGGUGGUUGUAUCAUCAGAUCUGUUUUCUUGGCCGAAAUCACCAAGGCUUACAGAGAUGACCCUGAAUUGGAGAACUUGUUGUUCAACAAGUUCUUCACCGAGGCUAUCACCAAGGCCCAGUCCGGAUGGAGAAACACCAUUGCUUUGGCCUCCACCCAAGGUAUCCCAACCCCAGCCUUCUCCACCGCAUUGUCCUUCUACGAUGGUUACAGAUCUGAAAGAUUGCCAGCCAACUUGCUGCAAGCUCAGCGUGAUUACUUUGGCGCCCACACCUUCAAGAUCUUGCCAGAAUUUGCCUCCGAGGAAUACCCAGAGGGUUCUGACAUCCAUGUCAACUGGACCGGUAGAGGUGGUAACAUCUCCGCCUCUACUUACCAGGCCUAA